AUAUAUGAGAUCGUAGCUGAGGAACCGAACAAGAAGAAGUUAAUUAUUCAGCACCUUGAGGAGCAAAUCUUCACUUCGGUUGAUAAAACCACUGUUCGAUUAUCUCUUUGUCACCGACUUUUGCGAGACUACAUCACCCACUGCGAUCCAGAUCAGCGCACAAAUUUGAUUGACUCGCUCAAGGAUAGGAUUCCCGAAAUUGUGCAUACACCAGAUGGUGCCAUAGUUGCCAUGCAAUGUAUCUGGAACGCUAAUGCAAAGGAUAGAAAGUUGAUUGUGAAGAACUUCAAAGAUCUGGCUGUGAAAGUCGCAAUGGAGCAUUUGGGCAUCGAGUUCUCAUGGCGAUUUUCGAUAGCGUUGACG